AUGGGACACUGUCCUUGUCCCCCUUUGGAAGCCGUAGAAGCCCUCAUUUAUUUGCUCUUACAGAAGUAUGUCAGCUGCAGAAAGCUGAAUCACCAAGGUCACACUCGGCUCCCAGGGCAGCCAGCAUCCAAUGGUCAACAUGCGGGUAAAAAUAUUCGGCCCCUCACCCUAACCCAAGGCAAGCCUGAAGGGCCACCGCAGCCUCGAAGCUCCCCUGAGGCGUUGUCUGAGGCUUUCGCUGAGACUGGCGGUGCCCCGGGCGGCCCCCGGAUCCGUCCUUCGCGCCAGCAGUGUGGGGACCGCACAGACCCAGGGACGCCCCUCCUUCCGGCCUCCGACCACCCUCCAACCUCUUUUCCAGUCACAAACUUCGCCACCCUCUUCUCGGCCCCCCUCCGCCCCCCGGGGCCCGCCAGCACCCUGUCUGGGGCCCGGCUUCCGGCCUCGCCAGGCUCCCGUCCCCGCGCGGCGGAGGCCCGUCCACCACCCGCGGCCUCGCACGCCGCCGGCCUCCCCGCCUCUCGCUCCACCGCGAGGCCCAGGCUCCGGCCGCGGGGCCCCGCGUCCCCCGCCUCCUCGCUCCCCAGCGAAUGGCCCAGGAGAAGCCCGACCGCGCCCGCGACUCCGGAGGAUGCAGGCCCGGAGGCCGUGCGCCAGCCUCCCGAGCCCAGCGGCCCGGGGCCUGGCCCUGCGCAGACGCCCCGCUGCCGUUCCUUCGCUCCCCGCCCAACCGCGGCCCGGGCCCCGCCGCCGGACUCCGCCAGACGACGCGGGCUUGCGCCCGACUCACCUCGGCAGGCUGGAGCCACCCGGCGGGCUGGGCGCGGGUCUCUUCCCGAGGCUCACCCGCAAGCGCGCCUGGGGGCCCCGGCAGCCCUGGAGGGCCCUUGGGCUCGUGCCGGGGCCUCUGCGGUGGGCCACUAG